UUAAUAUUUAACGUAUAUUCAAGGCCUAUUAACUGCAGAGACAUUUAUAGGAUUCUGUGAGGAGGGGCGGAGCUUGUGCUGCCACGUGACCAAGACUUUCCUUAUAAACGUCACGACUACAUAAAUUACACGUACACAGCAACACACGACGAUUAACCGAAACUAUCGAGUUUAAAUGUUCUGAGCUCCGGUACACGAACAGGACAAAUCCGUGUAAUAUUCGGUAAAGUGUGUGAGGGCCAUGAUUAGCGCGAGACGGCGGUUUUAAAGACGAUCACAGAGUUUAUUCAUCGAGAUUGAUCGGUGUGAUGGAUCGCGGCGGGUGUCAGAUGAGCGGCGGCGGCGGCGGCGGUGAGAUGAUCACACUGGAGGAUCUGGAGUCCGUGUCGGAGGAGCAGCUGUCGGACAGUCCUGAGGAGGAAGAGGAGCAGCAGGACAGACUCCUGCGAUACUGGAGAGACGUGGCGCGCGGACACCAGGUGGAGGUGCCCACAGAUAUGGCUGAACCGAUCCAGCAGAUAACCUCUAAUAAUGACGGCGCACACACGCGUGAGAGCGUCCCAUUCACACUCAUCACACGCAAGGAGAAGUGUGGUGAGGUGUUGUAUGAGAAGCGGCACUAUGAGAAAGCGCACUGGGCGUGUAUAACCGUUCAUGAGGACACGUAUGAACAGAGCAUCUGCUACGGCUUCAUGAAGAUCAUGAGAUACAUCUGUCAACAGAACGCUGCAGGUAGUUAUCUGGGCAUGACAAUACCCAUCGUGACGGUGGUGCGUACAGAUGAGAUGCACACUACACUGUCCCGAGCGGUCACCGUAGCGUAUUACCUGCCCGCUCCACACCAGAGCGACCCGCCGCGGCCGCACGACCCCGAGAUCAUCAUCGAGCAGUGGCCCGCUACUAUCGUCUACACCAGGGCGUUCACUGGUGCUACUAACGAGCUGUCGAUCAUUCAUGAGAUGCACAGUCUGGCGGAGGUUCUAGAUUCACCAGCUGUCUGCGUCAACGACUCCUUCAUUGUGGCUGGAUACACAAACCCUGCGGCGGCCAAUCGUCAGAAUGAGAUCUGGUUCCUGGAGAGACCGUGAGCUGCUCGUCCUGCACUUACACCUGAUCAAAUCCCCUCUGUCAUCUUCACACACAAAAACAGAUCUUUACAUGACCUUUGACCCACUGUUCUUCACUGUUAUGUGAUAGUGAUGAGGUUAGUGAGCAGGUUAGUAGAGGUGUUUUGAUUUAUUCUGUCUAGAUGAACUCUCGUUUGGAGAUCAGACUGCUUUAAUGUUUAGUAACACUGAGAGAAACACAAUUUGGCCUUUGUUCACACUGCACAUAAAUCAGUUUUUCAAAUCUCAUCUUUAGGACUAAAGUGAUGAAAUCUGAUCCGUUUGUUCAGACAGUGGAGACAAUGACCACUGUAUCUUCAUCAGUUGCCAUUGAUACUAAAGGACUUAAGCAUUAGCGCAUUGGAAAGACACAUUCGAGAGGACGUAAAACUGGACAUUUGCGCCGUCAUGUCAUCUCGCCGCGGUGCUGAACUCACGAGGUGCAUCAAAGGCAUUACUGUAUGAACCUGUCAUAAAAAUUAACACCGUAAAAAUACUGCAACUUCCUGAAAGGCGUUUUUGAGCACUGAAAUUUCUUUUGAAUGUAAAAUGCAGAUAAGAAAAAAACAUCUGCCAAAAUUGCAAUUAAAGUCGCAAAAUCUAUCCCAAAAAAACGUCCUAGUUUCCAGACAUCACAAACUACUAUUCAUUGGUCAAAAAGAGUGGAAACCUGAAUGAACACCCACAUUGCAUCUGAAACCGCUCACUUGUUCACUCAUUCACUACAUAGUGAACACCACAUGAGUGUAAACGAGUGAAUUCAGACACAGCUGUAGACACUACUGUGCUUUGUGUGUGACAUUACGGUAGGGCUGGGCAAAAAUAAAUAAUUGUAGAUUAAUUUUAAAAAUUUUUAUAUUUGGUUGAUUUGAUAUUGAUUCUCAAAAUCCAUGGAUCGAUCUUUUACUCUAUGCAUAACCCCUCCACUACAAUCAGAGGAAAUCACUUGCAUUUGCAACCAAAUUUCACUCUAUGCGACUAAAAUGUAUAUAUUUGUCAAACGGCUGGUGAAUGUUUAGAUUUCACACAGCAGCGAGAUUCUUUCACUGCGUGUUGAGAGUAAAAGUUGUUCCUUGUGUCCAAAGACGAGAUCUAAACAUUUAAUGUGUCUUUUAAUAUCCUUUCUGUUCUCUAGAGUCAGUUGUUGAUCAAAAACAACAAAAAAGAAACAUUUAAUUGUAAUCAUGCAUCGCACGGAUGAGAUAAAGCCGCUCGAGUCUCUCUCGGUAACAUGCGCUCAUUUACAGAAAUGCCGGUUUUCUUAAAGAGACAGUACCGGAUUUUAACACGUGUUUAACAAAUCAAUGAAAAUACCUUUAAAUAGUACAAAUUACAUUAUUAAACAAUAAAUAUGUAACAAAAUAUGAUAUAUUCAAUAUAAUAUCAUAUUUAUUGAUUACAAAAUGGAUGUUAAUUUUUGAAAGCUAAAAUAUGUCCAAAAUGAUGUAAAAAGAAUCAAAUAUUAUUAAUACAAUUAAAAUUUUCAUAUUGUACUUAGUAAAAAGGCCGCCUGUAUAGCAUUAGCGGAGAGAGAAUUUAUUUCAUAUGUAAACAAAGGGGACAUUAUAACUGAAAUAUACCCAGAUUAAUCGAUAUCGAGAGUUUGUGAAUUGGAAUCGAUUGAUACCCAGCCCUACAUUACGGUCGCGUCAUGAACCAUGAACAGAACUACUUGAAAUCCAGUCUGACAGUUCAGAAUGAAACACAUGAACACAAAUCUGAAUGUAAUUGGAUUUCAAACCACAUAUGGAUGUGUCAGAUACGCCAAAAACGUUGAUUUUUGCUGCAUGUCUGAACAAAGCCUUACUGUCAAUCAAAAGCUGAAACUAAUGAGUAACACAGAUCAUAAGCUACACAAAUACAAACCAAACAGUGUGAAAUCUGAUGCUGUAUGACAAUCAUAAAGUCAAACUCUUCUUCUAUGUGUUGUGUAUCCUCCUACUGUAAGACAUGAUCAUAGACAGACACCUGUCUCUCUCUCAUGUGUUUGUGUCAGUGUUACACACAUCAGUGCUCAUAAUAGUCAACAACACUUCAUAUAAUAGAGAAAACACAUAUAAAUAUAUAUUCUGUCAUAGUGCUAUUUUUGUUACAUUUUUUCUUUUUAAUAAAUCAGUAUUUCCUGUCUGUUUGUAGCUCCAAGCUAUUAUGAUAAAUAAAAACAACUGAAUUAACCUCAUGUUCAACACAAUGUCAGCAGGUUCACACACACACACACACACACACACACACACACACGCACACACACACACAAACACGCACACACACGCGCAGACACACACACACGCGCACAGGCGCAGACACGCGCACAGGCGCAGACACACACACGCGCACAGGCGCAGACACACACGCGCACACACACACACAGACAUUCACAGACACACACACAGACACUCACACAGACACUCACACAGACACACACACAGACACUCACACUCACACACAGACACACACACUCACACACAGACACACACACACUCACACACAGAUGCACUCUCACACACAGACGCACUCUCACACACAGACGCACUCUCACACACAGACGCACUCUCACACGCAGACGCACAGACACAGACGCACUCUCACACGCAGACGCACACGCACAGACGCACACGCACAGACGCACACGCACAGACAGCACACAGCACAGACAGACAGACAGACACAGACACACAGACACAGACACAGACACACAUACAGACACAGACACACAUACAGACACAGACACAGACACAGACACUCACACAGACACUCACACAGACACUCACACUCACACACAGACGCACACACACAGACGCACACACACAGACGCACACACACAGACGCACACACACAGACGCACACACACAGACGCACACAGACACACACACAGACACACACACAGACACACAGACACACAGACACACAGACACACAGACACAGACACACAGACACAGACACACAGACACACAGACAGACACAGACACACAGACAGACACACAACUGCAGUCUGAUGUCUGAACUCUAAUGUCGUUUCAUUUAAUGAAGUUUAUUAACAGGUCAAAUGAGAGAAAUAAAUGUCACUUUCAGAGAUGCUGAUCUCUCUAAUCAAGAGUUUGUGUUAAUAUUUAAUAAAACGGAGGAUGAAUUUGGAUCAGAAUAACUUGAAAUGUUCUGAAUGUAAAAUCACAUCUUGACAUGUGAUCACUGAUCAUAAAGCACAGAAUGAAUAAUACAGUAUGAGUCACACAAACACACUAUUGAUCAUUUCUGUAGCAGGUUUAAUAUGUGCUGUACUGUAUACACAUUAUGAAGAGCUACUGUGAAUAUCUGCAUUAUUUUCCUUUCUGUAAGAGAAUAAACUAUUACUGGUCCACAAAACCACCUGUGUGUGCCGUGUCUGAUGUCACUGGAAUUUUCAUAAAUGUCUCUUUACUAGCAAACCAACCAGUUCAAUAAUGUUUGAU